AUGGCUGCUUGCCCGCAACUCGACGCUAAACCCUUCAGCCCCCUUCUCUCUCCUAACCCCGUUUCCACACGCACCCGGAAAUUGGGUAGGAUCAGCUGCUCCGCAGCCUCGCCUUCCAAACGCCACACCAUCACUUUGCUUCCUGGCGAUGGCAUUGGCCCCGAAGUCAUCUCCGUCGCCAGGAACGUUCUCAACCUCGCCGCCUCUAUCGAAGGGAUUGAGUUCAAGUAUCAAGAAGUUCCUGUCGGCGGAGCUGCAUUGGAUUUGACCGGAGUUCCAUUACCGGAAGAGACCCUUUUGGCUGCUAAGCAAUCUGAUGCAGUUCUGCUUGGAGCAAUUGGGGGGUACAAAUGGGACAAAAACGAAAAGCAUUUGAAACCAGAAACUGGGUUACUUAAGCUUCGAGAAGGUCUUAAAGUAUUUGCGAAUUUGAGGCCUGCAACUGUUUUACCGCAGUUGGUGGAUGCUUCAACUUUGAAGAGAGAGGUUGCUGAAGGGGUGGACCUUAUGGUUGUAAGAGAGCUAACUGGAGGUAUAUAUUUUGGAAAGCCAAGGGGUUUUGGCACCAAUGAAAACGGAGAGGAGAUUGGCUUCAAUACGGAAGUGUAUGCCGCCUAUGAGAUUGAUCGCAUUGCUCGUGUUGCGUUUGAGACUGCUCGGGAAAGCGGAAGGGAAAGCUCUGCAGUGUUGAUAAAGUUGGAAGGUUAUUUGGGAAAAUUGUGA